AGGCGGAACAUCCCGGCUCUCCCUGCCCCGCGGCCCGCUUAACCCGCGGCUGCCCGCCCGGAGCCGGGUUACGGAAGGACAGAAUCGGCUCUUUCUAAAAAUCGUUGCAAACAUCUGCUCCCCCACUGCCCAGGCCUUGCACCUGCAGAAAGGAGGAAAUAAAAUCUCUGUGCACUCUGCGGGAUCUCAGCUUUUGAGAAAACAAUCUCAAGAGGAUGAAGCCUAAUAAAGGAAAAGCUUUAACUAGAGAGAGAGACUAUGUGUACAAAUUCAGAGCUGGAAAUGAACAUUUGGUGCUUACCGUGCCUCUCAAAUUCCCUGUGCAAGAGAACAUCAGUCAUCUGCACGGACGGCUGAUGGUUCUGCACAACCUGCCGUGCUUUAUAGAAAAUGAUCUGAAGCAAUCUCUCAGUAAAUUUGUAGAAGAGGAAACUAUAAAAGAUUAUGACAGAGAAGCUGAAGUGGCUCUGGAAGCAGUGAAAUCAGGAAAAGUAGACAUCAACCAGCUGGCAGAUACUUGGGCUAAAGCUUAUAAAGAGACAACGUUGGAACAUGCCAAACCUGAAGAAACCAGCUGGGAUGAAGAUUUUGCAGACGUUUAUCAUGAUCUGAUCCAUUCUCCAGCUUCUGAAAUGCUGUUAAACCUGGAACACAAUUAUUUUGUUAGCAUCUCAGAAUUAAUAAGUGAAAGGGACGUGGAAUUAAAAAAACUACGUGAAAGGCAAGGAGCUGAAAUGGAUAAGGUGAUGCAGGAGCUUGGGAAGUCACUGACUGACCAGGAUGUGAAUUCCUUAGCAGCUCAGCAUUUUGAGUCUCAGCAGGAUUUGGAGAACAAAUGGGCCAAUGAACUAAAACAGACUACUGCGAUCCAGAAGCAGGAAUAUCAGGAGUGGGUGAUAAAGCUUCAUCAGGACCUAAAGAAUCCCAACAACAGCUCAGUCAGUGAUGAAAUUAAAGUUCAGCCCAGCCAGCUGAGGGAAUCUGUGGAAGGAAAUGGGAGAAUCUACGAAGAACAGAGGCUGUUAGAAGAAAGCUUUACUAUUCACUUAGGAGCUCAGCUGAAGACCAUGCACAACCUGAGGCUGCUGAGAGCCGAUAUGCUGGAUUUCUGCAAACACAAGCGCAAUCACCGCAGUGGGGUGAAGCUGCACAGGCUUCAGACUGCAAUGUCCCUCUACUCAACCUCCCUCUGUGGCCUGGUGUUACUGGUGGAUAACAGGAUCAGCUCGUACAGCGGCAUCAAAAGAGAUUUCGCAACCGUUUGCCAAGAAUGCACGGAUUUCCAUUUUCCUGGAAUCCAAGAACAACUUGAAAUUGUCCAGAAGGUUGUACUUAAGGCCAGAGCACAGCGUAGCAGCAAGACAAAAAGACACCAUGAAAACAAAAUCAGUGGGAAUGAAGAUAAAUUGAAGAAUAUCGAACGAAACCAGUCGAACAUUUUGCCGGGAGAGUUCUACAUCACACGGCACUCCAACCUCUCAGAAAUCCACGUCGCCUUUCACCUGUGCGUGGACGACAACAUCAGGUCUGUGAAUGUGACCGCUCGGGACCCGGCCAUCAUGGGGCUCAGGAACAUCCUCAAGGUCUGCUGCACACACGACAUCACCACCAUCAGCAUUCCCCUCCUGCUGGUGCAUGAAAUGUCGGAAGAGAUGACCAUUCCGUGGUGCCUGAAGAGGGCAGAGCUCGUGUUCAAGUGCGUCAAAGGUUUCAUGAUGGAAAUGGCCUCAUGGGAUGGAGGAAUUUCUCGGACUGUACAAUUCCUGGUACCACAGACAAUUUCUGAGGAAAUGUUUUACCAGCUGAGUAACAUGCUGCCACAGAUCUUCAGAGUAUCCUCCACACUGACUCUGACCUCCAAGCACUGAUUUCUUGGGGCACUAACCUGUAUCCUGUUGGCAGAGGAUGAGAUUAAGGAGAUUCUGCACUAGGACGUCUCUUUCCUGUGGACUGAUGAUCCCAAAGUGGCAUUUGUUGCAAUUUCAAGAAUCAUGUUGUAAUAAAAGAUAAAUGUCAUCUGUAUUUGGCUGGUA